CUCCCCCUUCGCCUACCGUGUUCAGAAGCUGGACUUCCAGUUCAGAUUCGUGAGGCGCAUACCAAGAGUACGGUACGGUCAGGAGGAACCAAUGUACUUCAGGCGGCUGGACGCAGACUUGGACCUGGGCAGAAUUAACGACAUGCUCGUCGGGAUACUCAAGCGCCUCCCGAAUCUCAAGCAUGUUGGUAUUCGCGCUCCACGUGAGAUCACCGGCUUGGAAGGUAUGGAUCCUGUGUUCUCCUGGCAAGAUCUGUACGGCGCAUUUCCUCGAUCUUGUGGACUAAACCGCCCAAGCUACAUUUUCCGAUGGAACGAGGUCAAUCAUCAAGCUCCUUGCAUGAAAUUCCGCGGCAUCCUCAAGGCUAUAGAUACUGUGCAGCCGAAGCUAGAUUGUUUCGAGAUCACCGGCUUCUCAAAUACCGUGUGGCAAUCGUUCUUUGCGCCCCCGGUCCAGGUCGCGAAGGGCAUGAGCCUCAUGGCCACGCUCCGCAACGUGACCACGCUAGUCCUAGAGUUCAGUCUUCACAAUUUCGAAGCGGACACAGCUGUGCCAGCCCGGGCACUUCGACAUGUCAUUUCCACCAUCAGAGGCAACGCAAACCUGCAGAACCUGACGUUAUCCCUGGCUCCUCAUACCGACCCAGUCUUUCUCGAUCCGGGAUGGGCGGCAGAGAUCUGGCGCCCAGUAUUAAAGUUCCUCGCGACCUCGUCGCCUUUCCGUCUUCGAAGUCUUGAACUCCGCGGUAUCACGGCAGCAACAGCCCACACUCUCGACGACGUGAUCCGCACACACAGCGCUACGCUACGGCGCCUCGUUCUCGAUACUGCAAGCUUCCGUGCCCCAAACUCCUUACAUGCAUUCUUCUCAAGCCUCGCACAUAGCAAUGUUGAGUUUCUCUCGUUACGCGAGAUCGCGUUGAAUGGCUAUCUGAUGCUAGAAAUGCGCAUCGUAUCGAUGCGUCCGCUCCAGUACGAUGAUGGUUUGGAUUGGGAGCAGGGCGGUGAUAUGGACCUAUGCAAGGACGAGUCAUACAGAGACUGGAUAGAGAUCACUUUGGAUAAUUCUGGUGAUCUUGGUACUAUGACAUGGGACUAUGAGGGCAAGAGGUACAUCGAAGGCGCGAUGAUGGAGGCGAUGACACAGGUGGUCAGGAUGGUAGAGGAUGGUACCAUCGAGGAGGUUUGACGGAGUUAACUAAGACUUGGCGAUCGCGACGAGGGAGACUGGAGAUGUUGGUAAUCUUCUACGUAGCCAUUUGGGUGAUCGAGGGGAGAUAGACGGGUGAUACAGACUUUCUGAUCCCCUUAGAACAUACGUCAUAUGCGAUCCGAAGCUCAUGUCCACUAGCGUGCACAGUCCACCGC